UACGUGUCGCAAGAUAGAUAUCUUUGUCGCAUAGCAGAAAUACAUCCGGCACGACAUUCCCGUAGAUCCCACUAUCGCCCUUUCACCCAGAUACCUCUACAUCCCACAAUGCCUUGAGCACGUACCUCGAUGAGCGGUGCCAUCAAAUCGCAACCGUCCCAGUACCUCGCAACACAUCUCUCACCUUCACCACCACCACUACCUUAACAUGGCCUUCCCCACAACCCCCACUGCCAAACUGGUCGGCCACAAUGGCAUCGUUCACGCCGUCGCCUACUCCUCCGGCACCCAAUCCUACAUCCUGACCGGGUCCUCUGACCGCACAAUCCGCCUCUACAACCCCAAGCACGCACCGCCCACCUCCGUCGCACCCACUCAAUCUGCACAGCGCCCCCCAGGUCUCGUAAACAAAUACACAGCACACGGCUACGAAGUCCUCUCCCUCGACGUAAACCACGCCAACGACAAAUUUGUCAGCACAGGCGGCGACAAGACUGUGUUCCUCUGGGACGUGCAAACCGCGCAGACGGUGCGACGCUGGACAGGACACUCCGGACGCGUGAACCGCGGUGUUUUUGGCGGUGAGGGUGAUAGUGUCAUUGUCAGCGCGAGUUUCGACGGCACAGUUCGCAUCUGGGAUGUGCGCUCGAAUGCCUACAAGCCCAUUAUGAUGCUGUCUGACGCCAAGGACAGCGUUUCCGACGUCGCGAUUCACGACGCGGAGAUCGUGGCGGCGAGUGUCGACGGACGCAUCAGAAGCUAUGACUUGAGAACUGGCAUGUGUCAAGUCGAUGUUAUAGGGCCAUCUUGUACGAGCUUGACUGUGAGUAAGAAGGGGACAGAAGUCCUUGUUAGCUCGCUUGAUUCCUCCAUCAGGCUUAUGGAUCGUAUCAAUGGCGGGCUCCUGAAAACGUACAAGCACGACGCUUUUGUUAAUACGGAGUUGAGAGUUCGAAGUACACUCGGCUUGAACGAUAGCGUCGUUGUCAGCGGUAGUGAUAAUGGCUUUGUGUUUGCAUGGGAUAUGCUCCAAGGAAGCUGUCUUCACAAGUUUAAGCACUCGGACAUGACAGAGGUUAAGGGAUCACCGCCAACCUCGCUCGUAAAGGGUAAAAAAGAUCUCGUGUCUGCUGUGGCGUUUUGUCAAACAAGACCUGAAUGGUGUAGCGGGGGUGGCGACGGCAAUGUCAUUGUAUGGGGUAUGCCGAGCUAAGGAUGGCACAUGUUGUAUAUGCGCUGUUUGGAUUUUCAUGAUACCCCUGUUUAGACAGCCUUCUCCAUAUGCAUAGUUACUAGCUUCCAUGUACGUGUCGGUCUCUGGACUGUGAUGCAGGGUCGUUACGUGGCCGUGCUAAUCGGUCGUGGUGAAGAUCAUCAAGGGCGCAUUCGUUGACCAACGAGAAACAAUGGUGGUUGCAAACUGUGUAAUUAGUAGUCACACGCCACAGGCAAAGAAUCUUUAUUCGCUCCAUG